AGCUGAUGAGGUGAGUGACGUCACCGGGCUGGGCCAGGCCAGUCUCAACAUUGUUUACUCACAUUAAAAUACAGUUUUUGUAUAAUUUCCCGUUAAAAUGCCACUUUACGAAGGCUUGGGUGGUAUUGGAUUAAUCAACGAGAAAAAUAUCACUGUGGUUUUCGAUUUUGGCGCUGCCUAUACAAAGGCUGGGUUUGCCGGAGAAACUGGACCUCGUGUAAUAGCAAAAUCAGAAGUUAUUUGUCGAGAGACUGGAAAGACUGUGCCAGUGUUCCAGGCAAAGGAUGAUGAGGAGCUGAGGCACCACCUUGUAGAUUUCAUUCAUAAACUUUAUUUCAGGCAUCUCCUUGUCAACCCCAAAGAUAGACGUGUUGUGGUGGUUGAGAAUCUCCUAGGUCCAAGCAGUGUUCGCAAUAUAUUAGCUAAAGUUCUUUUUCGUCAUUAUGAGGUUCUGUCUGUUCUCUUUGUUCCAUCCCACCUUGUGUCCCUGAUGACAUUAGGAGUGACCACAGGCCUGGUGGUAGACAUGGGAUACCAAGAGACCACAGUUGUGCCUGUUUAUGAGAAUGUGCCAAUACUAUAUACUUGGCAAGCUCUUCCUUUAGGGGGCAAAGCCAUACACAGUUCUUUAAAUGAGCUGCUGCUGGACCGUGCCUUAAUCUUAGGAGAAGAUGGGAAGGAACAGAGGCUGUCUGCUGUUAAACAGAAAUUGUCAGACAAAGUUUUGGAGGACAUUAAAGUUCGCACCUGUUUUGUCACCACCCUCGAGCGAAGUGGACGAGUGCAAAGUAAUAAGUAUGACAGAUCUGUGGAACCUCCCCCUCCUGCCCCAAGUGUUCAGUAUCCCAUGUCUGGUAGCAGCAUCUUAACCAUUCCUGGUACUGUAAGGGAGAUGGCAACAGAAGUCCUCUUCGAAAUGGAUGAAGACUUGCUCACUUUGCCUUCUAUGAUACUGAAUGCCCUCCGGCAGUGCCCCAUCGAUACAAGACAAGCACUUGCAGGUAAUUUAGUUUUCAUUGGAGGUACUGCCAGUGUGAAGGGCAUGAAGCAUCGUAUUCUUUCAGAAGUGCAGGCACUAGUCUCUUCACCACCGUUUAUGGAUUUGCUGAAGCUUAAUUCUUUCAAGGUUCAUCAGCCACCAGCCAAGGACAACUAUGUAGCAUGGUUAGGAGGUGCUAUCCUUGGAGGAACAGAAGCUGUCGUUCUUCGCUCUCUACCACGUGACCAAUACAUUUUGAAUGAUACUGUUCCUGAUUGGUGUAAUCUAGCUUAUAACUCAAAGGAUGAAAGUGAUGAGAAGUCAGUAUAACGUAGUGUGUGUGUAUGUGUGUCCUUGCAUACAUGAAUUUGUGCAUGAGUGUAUGCACAAGAGAAAGAAGAGAGAGACAGAGAGAGAGAUAAAGAGAGCAAGCAAGAGAGAAAGGGCAUCAAGAGAAAGAGAGUAAGUGAAAGAGAGCAAGUAAGAGCAGUACACAGUGCAGUAUGAUCACAUACAGAAACCAAGCUGUGAGCAAAAAAUGGACUCCAUAAAGAACUUUCAGUAAUUUUGUGGAAGAUUUUAAUUCAACAGCACUAUCUUGCUAUUAAUUAGGGAAAUGGAUUUUGUUUGUCUUCAUAAUCUUAUAUUUUUUUUUUAAUUGGUGAUUGGGCUAUAAUACACAACUGUCGUAAUUGGACACUGUAUCAUUGUAAAAUUUGAGAUUGCCUAAUUGUGCAGUAUAAACUUUUAUAAAGCAGAUCACAAAAAUUGGUGGUAUUCAGCUCAGUCUAAAUCAGUUUUCAGUUAUAAGACCAUUGUAAUUUUGUAACUUUUAAAUUGUAGGCAGUGAUAAAUAAUCUCAGUUUUUUCUGUUCAAAUAAGGAGUCUUGUGAUGUAACUAUGAUAAUUGUUACGAUCAUUAUGCAGGUGGGGCUAAGACCAAAGAGUUUACUUAUAAAAUAUUUUUAUUGCACAAAAUAUUGCAAAAUGUCUUUAUGCUUUGUACUUUCAUGAAAAGCUUAACUGGGAUUGCAGCAGUGAUGCAUUAUAAAGUUUACAAAGGAUACUACAAUGUACUGUUAUUAAUCUAAACAAAAUAAAAACUUAAGAAAUUUCUACAGUGCUUAUUUUUAAGGUGAACUAGUAGAAUCAGUGUAUUUUAACUGAAGCAAUACAGUAUAUACAGUACUAAGUCAAGUAAGAAAUUCUGUUUAAAUAAAGUUUUCACAGUUUGUUAGGAAUAUCAGUGAUCUUUUGUGAUUGUCACCAGACAAAUUACUUUAUUCCUUGUAUAUUUAAAGGUUAACCAGAAUAAUUACAUAUAGCAGCUUCAAUAUAAUAAUGAUAUCUUU